UUUACCGCUGCCGUCAGUCUCAGGUGUGUGUUGACGAGAGUCACGUGUGUGACGGGGUGUACCAUUGUCCUCAACGCGAUGACGAACUACUGUGUAACGACACCUGUCCACACAGUUGUGUCUGCUACGGUCUGGCCUUCAUUUGCUCGGAUACUUUCCGUGCCGCUGACUAUUCUAACCUUCGAUAUCUGGAUGGCAGCGACACCUUGAUGACCCUCGCUGACCUGUGGAACAACACUUUUCUCGUUCACCUCAGUCUGGUCCGUUGUCAUCUGACUAAACUGCAUGAAGUGGUUUUGCCUAAUCUCCGCACUCUGGAUCUGAGCUACAAUGAGAUAACUGAAAUAAGGGGCCGGUUCUUUGCUGGUCUCAACAAUAUAGAGUUUCUGAAGAUAAGCAACAACCCUUUGACAGGCUUCCACCUGCAUAAUUUUACUUAUACGAGUCCUCUUAAAUUUUUUGACAUGUCUAGUAUCCGAAUUUCAGGAAUUGACCUUUCAAUAAUGAGCUUUUAUCCAACUUUAGUGACUCUUAAUCUCUCCGGUAAUCAAAUAAAAUAUGUGACAGGACAAGGAUUCCCUAGAAUGAUGAACUUGCAGGUGCUCGAUCUGCGUCAAUGCCCUCUCACCCAUUUCCCUAAAGAAAUAUUUCAGGGUCUAGAGCGACUGCAGAGUGUUUUUGCUGACAACUACAAGCUGUGCUGUCCGGCGACACUACCCAAGGGCUUCAACGUGCUCAACUGUCACGCUCCUUCGGACGAAGUGUCUUCCUGUGACGAUCUGCUGCGCUCCAACGUGUACCGCGUCGCCCUCGCUACCUUUGCCUCGUUAUCGUUACUGGGAAAUGUCGGCACGUUGCUUUACCGCUUUAUCUUCCACAAAACAACAGGCAACGUGGGCUAUGACGUCUUCGUGUCCAACUUGUGCGUGGCGGACUUUCUGAUGGGUGUGUAUCUGUUGAUCAUCGGAAUAGCUGACCACAGGUACCGAGGGGCUUACGUGUGGGAGGACGUGAGCUGGAGGAACAGCCACUUGUGCAAGGUCACAGGUUUUGUGUGUUUAUUGUCCAUGGAGGUGUCUGUUCUGAUGAUCUUUAUGAUCACUGUUGACCGCUUUUUAGUUCUUCACUUUCCCUUUAGUUCCUUCCAUUUUAGAAAACGUUCAGCACAGUUUACAUGCGGGGUAGUGUGGGUGGCAGGUCUUGUCCUAGCGGUAACCCCUUGUCUUCCUAUGACGUCACACUGGCAGUUUUACAGCCAGACUAGCAUUUGUAUUCCCCUUCCUACAUCGAGGGUAGAAUUUCCUGGCCGUAAGUAUUCUUUUAUCGUUCUAGUUGUCUUUAACUUUAUUUGCUUUGUUCUUAUUUUUGUGGGUCAGGUGCUAAUUUACUGGUCUAUUCGCUCCAGCUCCAUGUCUGUGUCCAACACAUCCAAAGCUGUUAACGACAUCACCAUAGCCCGCCGUCUAGUCACCGUAGUGAUGUCGGACUUUCUUUGCUGGUUUCCUGUGGGUUUGACGGGAAUUCUGGCGUCGUACGAUGUUGCCGUGGCAGGAGAGGUCAACGUGGCGAUGGCUAUUUUUAUUUUACCCGUGAACUCUGCUCUUAACCCUUUUCUUUAUACACUUAACAUUUAUUUAGAGCGCCGACGCCGUGCGAGAGAAGAAGUAAGACAAAAACGCAUUUCGUACCAAAUUAAAGUUGGUAAAAUUGUUUUAUAG